GAAACGUGAGGUUUCAUCAAUCUUCUGUCCACCACCAUCUGACUUUUUGUAUCCAUGGAUAAAAUAUAAAAUGCUAUAAUAAUAAAUAAAAAUAAUAAAUAUAAGACGGGAUGUGAGGAAUACAUAAAAAUCUUAUUUUGUACCCAUCUCUCGUCGUUACGAGAUAAAAGGGGGGAUCUCCUCUGAAACAAGAAUCUUGAUUUCAUCACUCGGGACACUACUGCUAGCAGCUCUUGGCAUCAGCACAAUGGCGUCCUCCGGGGUUGUUGGAUUCGUUGGUCUAGAUGAGCUCAGCUUGGAAUUGGCUGCUUCGCUCGUUCGCUCUGGCUUUCGGGUCCAAGCGUUUGAGAUAUACACGCCUUUGAUGGAGGGGUUUUUGAAGUUGGGUGGAGAUAAAUGUGGUACUCCUAUUGAGGCAGGAAAAGAUGCUGCAGCUGUAGUUGUAUUGAUCUCUCAUGCAGAUCAAAUAAACGAUGUAUUCUUUGGGAAUGACGGUCUUGCAAAAGGGUUGCACAAAGAUGCUGUUGUCAUCCUCCAUUCAACUAUAUCACCAACAUAUAUUCAGAAGCUAGAAAAGCGUCUCACAGAGGAUGGUGAGGUAGCUUUCCUUGUAGAUGCAUAUGUUUCUAGGGGUACAUCUGAGGCUUUAAAUGGAAAAAUCAUGAUCACGACCUCUGGGAGGUCAGAGGCAAUUGCAAAGGCACAGCCUGUUCUGUCAGCAAUGUGUGAAAAGCUUUACAUUUUUGGUGGUGAAGUUGGUGCUGGGAGCAAAGUCAAAAUGGUAAAUGAAGUUCUUGAGGGCAUUCAUCUUGUUGCUUCAACGGAGGCUAUUUUUCUUGGUACACUAGUAGGGAUUCACCCGUGGAUAAUUUAUGAUAUCAUUUCCAAUGCUGCUGGAAAUUCAUGGGUUUUUGAAAAUAAUGUUCCCUUAAUGCUAAGAGGCAACUAUACACAUCACUUCUCGAAUACUUUCGUUCAAAAUCUGGGAUUUAUUUUGGAUACAGCCAAGUCACUAACAUUUCCUCUUCCACUUCUAGCAGUGGCUCAUCAACAACUUAUUUAUGGGUCUUCCCGUAAACACAGAGAUGAUGACGACACUACUCUGGUUAAGAUAUGGGAGAAGGUAUUUGGAGUGAGUAUAACAGAUGCAUCUAAUGCAGAAUCUUACAGCCCUCAGCAGUUGGCUAGUCAAAUUACUGCUUCAUCAAAAGCUGUAAAGCGCGUUGGUUUCAUUGGUCUUGGAGCAAUGGGAUUUGGCAUGGCAACUAAUCUCUUAAGAUCAGAAUUUUGUGUUCUUGGUUUUGAUGUUUAUAAGCCAACUCUAUCUCGGUUUCUAGAUGCUGGUGGCUUGGUUGGGAACUCUCCUGCAGAAGUAUCUAAAGAUGUAGAUGUGCUUAUAAUCAUGGUUGCUAAUGAAGCCCAAGCUGAAAGUGUCUUAUAUGGAGAUCUUGGUGCUGUAUCAGCCCUUCCAGAUGGAGCAUCCAUUGUUCUUUCAUCUACAGUCUCACCUGGAUUUUUGACCCGACUAGAGCAACGUUUGCAAAAUGAAGGCAGGGAUUUGAAAUUGGUGGAUGCUCCUGUCUCUGGUGGUGUUAAGAGAGCAGCAAUGGGAUCACUUACGAUUAUGGCAUCAGGUUCAGAUGAAGCUCUCAAGUCUGCUGGUUCUGUACUCUCAGCCAUGAGUAAGGAGCUUUAUAUUAUUAGUGGUGGUUGUGGGGCUGGAAGUUGUUUAAAGAUGGUUAAUCAACUGCUUGCUGGAGUACAUAUAGCAUCAGCAGCUGAGGCAAUGGCAUUUGGGGCUCGGUUGGGUCUAAAUACAAGAUUGUUGUUUGAGUUCAUUACAAAUAGUGGAGGAACAUCGUGGAUGUUUGAGAACCGGGUACCGCACAUGUUAGACAAUGACUAUACACCAUACUCUGCACUCGAUAUUUUUGUGAAGGAUCUGGGUAUUGUGUCUCGUGAGUGUUCAUCUCAUAAAAUCCCACUGAAUAUUUCAACUGUUGCUCACCAACUUUUUCUGUCAGGGUCUGCUGCUGGCUGGGGUCGGAUUGAUGAUGCUGCUGUAGUUAAGGUGUAUGAGACACUCACAGGAGUUAGAGUUGAAGGGAAGCUUCCAAUUCUUAAGAAGGAAGAUGUCUUCAAAUCUCUCCCAUUGGAGUGGCCACGGGAUCCCAUUGAAGAUAUCUGUAGAUUGGGUCAGAAUGCAUCGAAGACUUUGGUUGUUCUUGAUGAUGACCCAACUGGAACCCAAACCGUUCAUGACAUUGAAGUCUUAACAGAGUGGAACAUUGAGUCACUUGUUGAACAGUUCAAGAAAAGAUCAACUUGCUUUUUUAUUUUGACUAAUUCUCGAUCUCUGAGUUCUGAUAAGGCUAUUGAAUUGAUAAAAGAAAUCUGCCAGAAUUUGGACACUGCAGCUAAGUCUGUUAAAAAUGUUGGCUAUACCGUGGUUCUGAGAGGGGACUCUACACUCCGUGGUCACUUCCCAGAGGAAGCAGAUGCAGCUGUUUCAGUACUAGGAGAGAUGGAUGCAUGGAUUAUUUGCCCCUUCUUUCUGCAAGGAGGGCGUUACACUAUUGAAGAUACACACUAUGUGGCUGAUUCUGACAGGCUUGUUCCUGCAGGAGAGACUGAGUUUGCUAAAGAUGCUGCCUUCGGCUAUAAAUGUUCAAACCUUCGUGAGUGGAUUGAGGAGAAAACAAAAGGUCGGGUACCAGCCAGUUGCGUUGCAUCUAUUUCCAUCCAGCUCUUAAGGAAAGGGGGACCAAGUUCUGUUUGUGAUCAUCUAUGCAACUUGAAGAAGGGAUCAGUAUGUGUUGUUAAUGCAGCUAGUGAAAAAGAUAUGGCUGUAUUUGCAGCAGGAAUGAUCCAGGCAGAACUGAAAGGGAAACGUUUCUUAUGCCGCACAGCUGCUAGUUUUGUUUCUGCUCGAAUUGGAAUAAGGCCAAAGGCUCCAAUAUUGCCAAAAGAUAUCGGAAUCAAGAACGAAAAGAAUGGUGGGCUUGUAGUUGUAGGGUCAUAUGUUCCCAAAACCACCAAACAGGUUGAGGAGCUUAAAUCACAAUUAGGUCAUAUAUUAAGAAGCAUUGAGAUAUCUGUUCAUAAACUUGCCAUGGGGUCAUUAGAAGAGAGAGAGGAGGAGAUCAAGCGGACAGCUGAAAUGGCUGAUGUUUUUCUUAAAGCCCGCAAAGACACUCUAAUAAUGACCAGCCGGGAGCUCAUCAAAGGGAAAUCUCCUUCUGAGAGUUUAGAAAUUAAUUUCAAGGUUAGCUCUGCAUUGGUGGAAAUUGUUAGACGGAUUACUACACGACCUCGUUAUAUAUUGGCAAAGGUAAUUUUAAUUAUAAUGUCUUGGCAUGACUUUUUCUUCCUUAACUUCUAUUAAACAGA